GCAAGAGCUAUGGGAAGACCAUGUACAAGGUCUACGAGGCUUUUGCUGAGCUGAACGAGGAGAACAGGCGCGAAGCCCCGUACCUCUUCGUCUGGCUGCAUGGCAUGGACAAUGGCAUGAUCGAGCCACAUUACUUGCAGACCAUGCAGUCCAGAAUGCACCGACGUGUUAUUUUCAUGGUCCCAAAAAGUCCAGGCAACACAGCGGAUGGUCUGUACUUCAACUGGGGCUGCUGCUUUCGCAAAAGCGACAACAAGAAGCAACUAGGCUAUGUUUUUGGAGUGCUACACCAGGAGUAUCUGCGCGACCUCACUGCAAAGAUCAGUGAGAUUGCGUGCACCUUCCAAGCUCAGCGAACCUUGGUGAUGGGGUACAGCAUGGGCGGCUUUGGUGCCUUCCAGCUGGGUAGUAUGGCUCCAGAUGUCUUCGACGUGGUAGUGUCUGUGGCUGGAUAUGGGCUCGGAACAUUGGAGCCACAAGGCGAGAUGUAUGAUGCUCCGCAGCCUCAGGCUGGCGAGAGAUUCGACAUGUUCCUCCAGCAGGUCGCCUCAAGACUAAGCCUCGUGCCCGUGGUCUUGGCGAUGCACGCACAGAAGGAUUCCAUGUCCAGCUUUCGGGAUGUUAAGGCCAUAAUCCGCCACGUGCAGGAGGUGAGCAUCAAGAAGGGCUCUGAGAGUAUCGUCCAGCUUUUUGAGGUGCCAGAUGAAAGAGCCGACUCCGACAGGGGACGAAGGAAGAAGAACAAAAGUGGCCACCACUACUUCAACUACACCCUCCUGGAUGACUCUAGCGAUGACUUUUUCUGGUCAAAGCUUCAAGGGUUUCUUCAAGUUGCCGGGCCUCGACUGGAGCUGCAGACUGUGAGUUUGGACUCCAUCGCGCGGUUCAGCAUGUUGCAGACAGGCACACCGAUUUGUGCGAGAUGCGGGACCUGGUGGAAGGCCCAUGCGGAGGAAGAGGUGGCAAAGAGCCGGGGCGUUCCCAGAUUCCUUUGGGAAGGCAUGUCCCAGCGCUAUUCGCCUUACUGA